AUGUCGACGCUCAAGAUCGAGCGGGACACCAUCCGCAAGGGCACCGAGACCGUCUCCAAUGCAGCCCAAGCCGCCGCUGAGGCUGCUGCUGGAGGUGCCGCAAAGGAUGGCCCUAUACCCGGAACCAAGGGAAAGCAUCCCCAUCUCGCAAAGAUCGGAACUGCCAUUACUGGAGGAAAGGGAAAUGCUGGCACCAAGGGUUACUUGAUGGCUUACAUCAAGCAACUUGAGGAGAACCCACUCCGCACCAAGAUGCUUACCUCCGGAACCCUUGCCGGUCUGCAAGAGUUCCUCGCAUCAUGGCUCGCGAAGGAUCGCAACAAGCAUGGCAACUACUUCACGUCGAGAGUCCCCAAAAUGGCCGCGUACGGCGCAUUGAUCAGCGCGCCCUUAGGCCACUUCCUCAUCUGGUGCCUGCAAAAGACGUUCAAGAACAGGACCAGCCUGCGCGCCAAGAUCCUACAGAUCCUCGUCAGCAACUUGAUCAUCGCCCCUAUUCAAAACUCGGUAUAUCUCGUUGCUAUGGCUCUCAUCGCUGGCGCUCGCACAUACCACCAGGUCCGCGCAACUGUGCGCGUCGGUUUCAUGAAGGUUAUGAAGGUUUCGUGGAUCACCUCCCCGGUCUGCCUUGCCUUCGCUCAGCAGUUCCUUCCCGAGGAGACUUGGAUGCCCUUCUUCAACGUCGUGGCAUUCAUCAUUGGCACCUACAUCAACACAAUGACCAAGAAGAAGAGACUGGCUGCUCUUCGCAAGAAGCACUUCGGUGAUGGCCGAGGCGAUGGCCGAGGAUCUGGCUCCAUGGGUGGUGGCGGACGCCCGGAGGACUAUCCUCCCAUGGGUCCUAACCCACCUUACUAA